CCAUUAUUAUUAUUAUUAUUAUGUGUGUACACACAAAGGUCUAAGCUUAAAUCCAAUGCAUUGGUAGCAGACUAAAGACUGCUUAAAACUAAGAGAGCUCUCUAUAGAUAAACAAUCUACAAUUUGCGAAUAAAUAAACUUAUAUGCUGUCGGCCACUAUGGCAGAAGAGGAAAACAUUGACCUGGAUCAGGGGGGUCAAAAUAACAUUGUGGGUGAAGAGGAAAAUCCUCAAUGGGAGUCUGAAAAAAGACAGGUGAAAUUAACAGCCAAGGCUUUGUUGGUGAAAAUCAAUAAAUUAGAAAGUGAAAGAAAAACAAAGUUAAAUAAACUCACAAAGUUGAGACAAACUAUUACAGUGUUGAAAAAUGACAAUGUGUGUGUGAAUGACAUUAAGGGAGAAUUUAAAAGGUUUUUGGUUUUAUCUGAAGAAACACAAAAGGUACACCAGGUUUUGUUGGGUUUAUUGCCUGUGGAUGAAGCACAGAAGCAUGAUGCAUGGUUCCAAGCUAAAAUGUUGAAUGUUCAUGAUUUUGUUGCUGUUACUCAUAAAUGGUUGACUGAGGCUCAAGGUUGGUCAACUGGUGUGUCUGAUAUGAAAGAAAAUGAGAGUAAAAAUAAUAAGGAAGCUGAACCAAAUGCUGCCAGUGGUGGUGGCAUGAUGGAGGAGGAGCUGCAGAAUGAACCUCAUGACAGCAUUUCAUAUGUUUCCGUAAGGUCUUCUAGAAAAACUGGGAGUCAAAGGGGUUCAUCUGUAACAACCAGCAGAUCGUCAACGCUUUCUGAACAAAUAAAAGCAGAAGCAGAAAGGGCUGCACUCCUGGCAUGUGCAGCUGCUUUAAAGGAGAAGCAUGCAUUGGAGAAACAGGAAUACCUGUUAAAGA